UGGUCUGUGGUCUGUACUCCACGCGGAGUAGAGGAGUAGCUGUCACUCUCCCCGUAUUGGGCGGAGCAUCUUAAAUUCUAAAUUAUCAUUGGUCGGAGAAUAUAUGACGUUUCUCUUCGCUGUACCACGUGGGAUAUACGCCAUUACCAGCGAAGUAUCUCGCGCUAGCUGUGGUGGAACAAUGGAUUGUGCGCGUUAGAUGUGCGAAAGCCCGAUAAUUUUUGUGAAAUUUGAAUUAAGAUGCGCGAAUGUAGCGCAGCAUGUCAUUCGUUUAAGUUUAUGAAAAAGAGCUGUGACAGUUUUAGCGUAGACAAGUAGUGUUUGCGGUAACUACGAGAACAGGAGAUUUCUGUGUUGUGGAUGUAUUUUUGCCGGAUAGUGGAAAAAUGUGGAGAUGAUGUUUUUGUGGUUCUGAGGUGCCGCUGAGUCGUGUGGAAAGCAGCCAUGUAUCCCGCGCCGGCGAGACAUCCAGCCGCAGCGGGUCCACCGCCGCAGCCCGGCCAACUCAAGUUCACGGUGGCUGAGACCUGCGAGCGCAUCAAGGAAGAGUUCAACUUCCUGCAGGCGCAGUACCACACAUUGAAGCUGGAAUGCGAAAAGCUAGCCAGCGAGAAGACUGAGAUGCAGCGUCACUACGUCAUGUACUACGAAAUGUCGUACGGCCUCAACGUCGAGAUGCACAAGCAGUUCGAAACACUGCUCAAGACAAGCUUCCCACAGGCACGCAGAAGUAUAGCUCAGGAUAUUCCUUCCGCCGAGCACCCGACCAGGCGCUUUGCAAGAAGCGUCGCUCUACGAAUCCUUUUUCCCGAAUUUGGAAAAGCUGCUGCUGCUGCCGCCGCCGCCUCUUCCGAAGUGCGCGCGGAGCCCGCGCCCCAAGCCUCCACGCCGAAGGGCCGUGCGCCGCGCCGGGGCGCCGAUGGAGCCAACAGCGGCAGCGGCAGCCCCCAGAAUCCUAGACGCUCCCGCCUCGCCCUUUGCCCCUGCCCGCUGCUGCCGCUGUUGUCGCCACCUCUGUCCCCGCCCACGCUCACGCCCGCACUCGCAUUGCCCUUGUCAGCCCCCGCCCCCGAGGCGGAGGACUCCGCCACCACGCCCACUCUGCCACGUGCGUGGACCUGGGCGGCGCGGACGCCCAAGCGGAGCAGCCUGCGGCGGCGUGGUGGUGAUGUUCGAUGA